AGCGAGUCCAGGACAGCCAGGGCUACAAAAGAAACCCUGUGUCGAGGAAAAAAAUAAAAGAUUUUUUUUUUUUAAAUAGAAUUUUAUUUUUCUUCCUUGCACUGAUCAUAUGGAUACUUUGAACAGGUUGAUCUAUUUGGUAAAUACAUCUUAAUGAUGUAAGUUAAAGUAAUGCUAAAUGUUGGUGUUAACAGCUUCAAGUGUUCUUUUAGUAAAGUGCAUGAGGGAUUUGCAGAGUUAAAUUUCUGAUUUAAGUCUGCUUUUUACAUGUCUCUCUGAAGAGACUUAAGAAACCAAACCCAGCCCAGCUGUCCUUCACAAUUUUGAGGCUGUGAUUUAAGGCCAGUGCAUUUUAUGUGUGCACAUAAAUUUUUUUACAGAUGACUGUAAAGUGCUGAUCAGUGGCCACUGAAUAUAAUUGAAACAGAAUAGGAAGAUGGCAACAAAUCCUUCAGGACCAGGUUUUCAAAAUAAAAAUAGAGUUGCGAUUUUGGCUGAACUGGACAAAGAGAAAAGAAAAUUACUUAUGCAGAACCAAUCUUCAACAAGUCACCCUGGAGCUAGCAUCUCCCUCUCCAGACCCUCUCUUAAUAAGGACUUCCGGGACCAUGCUGAGCAGCAGCACAUUGCAGCCCAGCAGAAGGCAGCUUUGCAGCACGCGCACGCACACUCAUCUGGGUACUUCAUCACCCAGGACUCUGCGUUUGGGAACCUUAUUCUCCCCGUUUUACCUCGCCUUGACCCAGAAUGAAGAAAGUGUCUGUGCUAAAGAGACUCUGUGAUAUCAAAUGGCAAAGCUCUCACUCAGCUCUGUGCAAACUCUGACUUUCGGAAUCUUGGGGAACUUAGUUUUUGUUUCUUUAAAGGAAAGACUAAGCGAGAGCGAAAACAGAAGAAGCCGAGAUGCUGAGAACUUUGGAAGU